AUGUUUUGUCCUGACGGCUGUCCAUGUGGCCAGCUCGUAGACCUCUUCGACUGUAUGCCGGGACCCCUCCACUUUGGAGGCAAUCACUACUACGGGCCGAGUUACCACCACCAUGACUACCGCUACCCGGUCCGCCAGCGUCUCAGGCGUUCCUCUUACCACGAGACUUACAUCUUUGGUGGUGGUAGUGGUGGUGGUGGCGGAGGCGGCGGCGGCGGAGGGGAACGUCACACGAUGAACAUCGUCGACAUGACCCCCAACAGCCUCUCGAACGAUCGGGGUCACUUUUACAAGAUCACUUUCCCGCUCCAGUGGUCCGCCCGCGAUCUCCUGGCAAGGCUGACGUCUAAUUCCCGUGAUUACACUGUUCUGGUCCAGGGUCCGUUCGGAUUCAACUUUGAACUCACGGACGGAAUGGAUCUCAAACAGUACCUCGGUCCCUGCUCGACCAUGGAAAUCGCAAAGAAGCAGCAACCAAAAAAUAACAUAAAGCAUAUCGAGAUGUAG